AUGGCUUCGUCAUCAAUUGUCUACCUAAUCUCCAUUCUUUCCCUCAUUUUCAUCGUUCAAGAAUCAUCUAUUCUUGUAGUAGGAGAUGCUGGAUUGAUCCAAUCUACUUGCCAACAGACGCGGUUACCCGACCUCUGUACAUCGACAUUAAACGCUGAUCAGUCUAGCCAAACAGCCGACGUAAAAGGUCUAGCCAGUAUUGUGAUUGCUGCUGGAGAAACCAGUGCUGCGGACACAUCAAAAUACAUACUCAACGAGCUUGUCAAAACGUAUACUGAUGCAAACGCACAAGUUGUCACAAGAUGCAGUACGUUUUACGACAAUGCAAAGUCUGCACUUGAGGGAUCCGCCGGAGAUUUAAGUUCUGAUGAGCUUGACAAUGCAAUUUUAGAAGUAGCUGCCGCUUCUACGUAUGGUGAUAAUUGCAAAAAUUCUUUUAGCAACGCCACUCCUCCAGUAGCUUAUCCUGAUGCAUUGGCACAGAGGCAAGUCACCCUUCAGGGCCUAUGUGGUGUUGCUAAUGAUAUUAUCGAAGUGAUUAGGUCCUCACAACCUUAGAACU